UGUGUGUGUGUGUGAGUGCACGCUCGCGCGCAGCUCGAAUCUCUUUUCCAACCAAAGCUUCUUGAGCGGCCACGCACGCGCUCUCAACUUUAAAGCGGUCCACAGUGUGAUCUGAUCUGGGCGCAUCGGAGCUCGGAAGUAAACAAAAAAAAAAAAGAAGAAGAAAACAAACAAAAGAAAGAAAAAAAAAAUUCGUUAAAAGAGAGGAUUAUAGCCUAUACCUGGCACAGGACUACGCAGCGCUUUCAGUAAGAUGCUAAUCCUGUGACGGCGCGAGCGGCUGGUUUAUGCGCGCGCGCGCUCUCCGUCCGCUCUCCCAGUGCGCGCGGGAUUUCCUCGUACCUGCGCAGGCAUUCCGGAUUGAGAAGGCGGCUCUAAUGGCACCAUAACACGCUUCAGGCGCGCGCGCGCGCGUGUUUGUGUGUCCAGUGAAGCGGAAUUGGGGGGAAAAAGAAAAAGAAAAAAGAAAAAGAUGAUGGGAGAGUGUGUGUGGCGGCGUGUUGUGACUCUGAGUCUCAGGCUCAUGCUUGUUAUUCCCGCAGGUCUGCCGGUACGGAGUCAGGGAGACACGCAAUCCGAUAAUACCGUGAUGGAGAACAUCACUGUCCGACAGGGAGAGACUGUCUUCCUCAGUUGUUCUCAAGGCGAUGUUGUGACACACACGGCCUGGCUGAACAGGUCCAGUAUACUAUAUGCUGGUGAGGAUAAAUGGUCCGUGGAUCCCCGGGUCAGCCUGGUCACCCUUAACCGCGACGAGUUCACCAUCAAGAUCGACAACAUAGACGUGAGCGACGAGGGACUUUACGUGUGCGCUGUUCAGACCAGCAGCAAGCCCAGAACCACAUCUGUCCAUAUCAUUGUACAGGUCCCUCCAAAGAUUUUCAACUUCUCAAAAACUAUGGUAGUGAACGAAGGCUUCAACGUUACGCUGAUGUGUCUGGCGAACGGCAAGCCAGAGCCUGCAAUCAGCUGGAAAAUGUUGUCCCAUAAAGCAAACGAUGACUUCGAAUCAGUAGACGAGUAUUUUGAGAUCCCCUCCAUCAGCAGAAACAAGGCAGGAUUGUACGAGUGCACAGCAGCCAACGACAUCGCCAUAGACAGAAAGACAGUGAAUGUGGUGGUCAACUUUCCUCCCACUGUGUUUGAAAGCAGAGAUGUGGGCGUGACUCUGGGUCACAGUGGGGUCUUGAGAUGCGAGGCUGAUGCUGUCCCAGAGGCAGAUUUCGAGUGGUUUCGAGAUGACAGAAGGAUCUUCAAUGGCUUUGACGGCAUCGAGAUUGAGAAUAUGGGAUCCAUGUCGAAGCUGACUUUUCACAACGUGUCCGAGGCAGAUUAUGGAAACUACACGUGCGUCGCCAUCAACAAACUCGGGAGCGCAAACACAAGCAUCGUUUUAUACGAAGUAAUUGAGCCCACUAGCUCGACGCUCUUGCAAGAAAUGACUACAUCUGUUUUAGAGCAAACAUCCACUGAACGCAAUCAGUUGCGGGAAGGUCCCGGUGCAGUUCAAGAUGGUAACAGUGGCACAGCAGAGGCGUACAAACCCAUCUGCCUCUUCCUCAUCGCCGCCCUGCAGCUGCUGCUCAAGUUUUGAUGGUGAAGAGGAUUUCGGCUGGAAUUGGUCCCAUCUCUCUUGUCACUCAUAUCAACCCCUGCAGCCACCGAUGAGAGCAGAGGCCGGGCAUGCUAUAUCCCAAUACUUCUUUUUAAUAAAAUAAUCUUACCAUUUUACUUUAUAUUAGCAUUUAAUAAAUCCUUCCUAUAUUUUUUACUUAUCUUUUUUUUUUUUUUUUUUUUUUUUGCCCAACUGAAAAUAUCAUAAUUUAUACAAAUAUAUAUAAACAGGCCUGUUGAGGUGAGGCUUGUCUGAUGUAUUUUGCAUAUACAUUUUUUUUCUGUAACUGUAAUUCUAUUUAACCAAUGAUUUCCUCUUCUAAAAAGUUAACAUCACACUUACUAGAAGAAUAAUAUUAGUCCAUGCAAAAGGCAUAUAUAUAUUUUUUCUUUUUUUCUUUUUGUCAUCAGCCUCAAAAAGAAGAAAAUCACUGUACAAUUAUUUUUAACUUUUUUUGUAAUAUAGUUUUUCAGAGAUUUGGAGGUGACAGGGCACAUCAGCUACUCCCUAUUGUUUUUUGUGGUAAUAUUUAUAAGGUUUAUUUUACAAAUGAAUAUACAUAAAGAAAAUAAAUUUGACACUUGGUGUAACUUUGAUUUUAAAAUGGAAAGGCAAAGUGGGAAUUCUGCAGAACCAUUAAGAAAUACUUUACUAAUGCUUUAUUUAGUCUAAAGGAAGAGAAAUUAAUGCUUGGAACAAUUUCAUGUCAAUUAAUAUAAUAUGAUGUACACAAAUUCUGAAUUUUAUUUUUUUUUGCUUUCCUAAUAUAGCAAAGCAGCAAUAGAUUUAAACUUCAAUCCCUCAUUGCUUUUUAGAAUGAGCCGGGUUGCAUUCCAGGGGUCGGGAUAAAACCAUUCCAAACGGCAGACAUUUCCAUUCCACCGACCGUGAAAGCCCAAAGAGCUAUCAGCUAACAUGUCUGCAUAUCAGUUCUUAUCAUUUUUCACUUGGUUUGAAGUUAAGUUGAAACAAAAGCAUUGGUAUUACUAUAACACAGCAUCUGGAACAUAUAUUGUUGUUUUUUUUGUUUUUUUUUAGUGUGUGUGUGUGUGUGUGUGUGUCCUUGCAGUAUGUUGUGCAACAAUGCACGUUCUAUUUUUCAAUAAUUAUAUAUAUAUAUAUAUAUAUAUAUAUAUAUAUAUAUAUAUAUAUAUAUAUAUAUCCCAUCCCGACAUAACUCAUCAUCACUAAGUUCUCUAUAUGCAUAUUAUUUGUACAAAGGGAAAAUAUGCACCUGUUUUUACUAAAGUUGUGAACCAGUUUAAUACAAUGCAACAGACUUUUUCUAUUUUACGUUGCUGCUCUGGUUUUAGUCAUGUAAUUUAUUUCUGAAAUAUGCAUUGCGUUUUAUUUUUAUUUUUUGCAUUAGAAUAACUUCUAAAAAAAAAAAAAAAAAAAAAACAAGAAUAGUUAAAAAAGAAAACUGUAAGAAUUGUAAGAUCUGAUAAUAAGUAGUGUGCUUUUCAUGUUGUACUGGGCAGGAUAAAGUAAACCUGUUUAUCAUCAUCUUACCUUCAAUAACUGAGCUUCAAAAUGGUAUCAUUGUGGAGCAGGUGUGUGUUCUGCUUAAGCAUUUAUACAGUUUUAAUUGGUUUCAUCGCACUGUCUUUUUUUUUUUGUUGUAUUUUUGCCUGAAUAUUUGCUGUAUAUCCCCAGUCAAAGUACCUCAAAGUCAAAGCGAAACUCACAUUGUCAUUUGAUUGAUUUAUUUCGAAGCACUACGAGUCAAUGUGCAUGUCCGGAUUUAAAUUACAGGAAGACUUCAAUAAGUAACUGGUGGUAAUUAAUAUACAUAAAUCACGUUUUAAAAUAUGGCCAGCAAAUAAGACAGUCCUGGACACAUCGGUAAUGUAAAAAAAAAUCAUUUUAUUAUUAUAAUAGUGGAUUUUAAGCACAAAAUAUGAAAAAUUUAAAGGUGUGGGACAUUUGUGCACUGCCUAAUGGCAGAAUUUUGAAUGUGGUUACCAGAUAUGUUUUUUUUUUAUCAGAUUUUGGCCUAAAUAAAGAGUAGGUGCAAAAGAAUUUUCUAUUGUCAAUUGCAUCAUGAAAGCACAGAAACCAUUUUUUUCCCCACUUAAAAUUGCACCCAUUGUUUUGGACUGUUUGUGAUGUGUGUUUAGAAAGUGAACUUUGUAAUCUGGGUCUGAACUUUGUAAUCUGGGUGAUCUGAACUGCGGCAUUUGGAAGAAACGAACCUGUUACUAAAACGUUUUCUUCUAAACGGGAGAUAUGCUCGUCUGUGCAUGGCCAGAGUCCACAACCUUACCAUGGAUGAGUGAAUUGGUGCAAAUUUGUUUCAAAAAUGGCACCAACCCCCCCAAAAAAUGUAUCGCUUCUCUCCUACAUGAUUCCUUGGAGAGGACCAAAUCGAAUUAAACUCCCUGUAAUGUAAAGUAAUUGUUGCUUCAUGUUUUUCUUUAUGGAUAUUGUGUGUUCAUAUUUAAGACUUACAACAAUAAAAUGUUGUAUCUAAACAGAA